UAUAUAAUGAAGUUUUGCUUCAGAUGAGGACCUCAUACGGGUAGUGCAGUCGGAGGUCGGCGAAGAGAAGAGCAAGGAACUUGUGGAUGUAGACCCCCUCGUCAAGUCGGAGACGGAUGAUGUGAUGAGUGACGGCGACUCGUCAGCGGCGGUGUGUUCGGACGGCAGCGCCGCCCGCGCCAGGGACCAGCUCGCGAUGACUUGUGUCGUGGUGCUCGAGCGCCUCCGCGGCGACGCGACUCUUCACAAUGAAGCCAAACCAUACGGCUGCGAACACUGUGGCAAGCAUUUCAGAAACAAGAUUUUCUUAAGAAACCACGUAGUAAACACACACUUGUCCACCGGACCAACAGCAUUUGCUUGUGAUUUUUGUAGUUCUACUUUUCAAACCAUAUUUCUUAUAAUCGAACACGUGAAAAGCGAACACGGUGUUACAAAUUUCAUGUGUGCUGAAUGUGAGUAUACAACAAGUUCCAAGAAAAGUUUGGAGACUCAUUUAAAGAGUCACUCAGUUAAGAAUAAUUUUAAUUGUAGUCACUGUAGUUACACGAGUUCGUGUAAAAGUGAUUUACAGAAACACCAAACAAUACACAUGGCUGGAAAACCUUUUAUGUGUAGCGACUGCGAUUUCAAAUGCAGUGUUGAAUCAGAUCUGCGACGUCACCAGAAGACGCACAACCGGAGACACCAUACUGGCGAGAAACGAUAUACAUGCAGCUACUGUGAUAAACAAUAUACUAAUAAAUCAAGCUUACAAUAUCAUUUGAUGGUACAUACUGGGGCGAAGCCAUUUCAAUGUAGCCACUGUGAUUAUAAAUGUAAGUCGAAAUCACGCUUAAAAUUACACCAGAGGAUACACACUGGAGAAAAGCCUUACAAAUGUAGGCAUUGUAACUACAAAAGCACAAAUAGUUCCGGCUUACGACUCCAUGAAAAGACACAUACUGGCGAGAAACCUUAUCAGUGUAAUGACUGUGAAUACAAAUGCAGAGAUAAAUCAAAUUUAAAAUUACACCUGAUGAUACAUACUGGGGCUAAGCCAUUAAAAUGUAGCUAUUGCGACUACAGGUGCAGGCAGAGAGCAAACUUGUUAGCACACCAGAACAUACACACCGGAGGCAGAGAGAAGCCGUUCAAAUGUAGUGAUUGCGAUUACAAGUGCAGGACUAGUUAUAAGUUACGAACACACGAAAGGACACACACUGGUGAGAAACCUUUCACAUGUAUGCAUUGUGAUUACAAAUUCAGUCAAAAAUCCAACUUACAACGUCACCAGAAGAUGCAUACUGGGACGAAGCCUAAAAAGUAAUAAUUGCAACUAACAAGAGCAGCCUGAAACAGCACCUGCGAAGACACCUAAAACAAAGUAAUGAAGGACUGCAUCUCCAUAUAAACGGAGUCCUCCUAUUUCUCUCUGGAUAUUGCGGUGCCAACUGCGGCUUGAGAUGGCGGUGUUAGAAAAUAUAAAUAAGUAGUUUAUAUUUAAUUUUUAUUACAAGAGUUUACAAGAAAACAUAAUAAAUAAAAUAAAAUAGCCGUUUUUUCUAGCAAAUUUUAACAUUGUUUGGUGUUUAGAAUUAGUCUUAAGUUAGUCUUAACUUAUAAUUUUAUGAUGUUAGUUCUAAAAUAAUUUUAAAUGAAUUUUAAUAUUUAGCAAGAACCCAUCUUCGCAGGUGAAGGCCUCCUCCAGAGUUUUCCACUCAUCUCUAUCUUGAGCAAUUUGCAUCUAGUUUUGACCAGCGUUAUUUUUUAUUUCGCCUUCCCAUCUAGUAACAGGUUUUCCUAUACCCCGUUUUCCUAGUGGUAGUUAAUUAUACAUGUCCUUAAUUAAAAAGUGCUAUUUUAUGCUACACUUAAGCUCUCUCCUUACAAAUGAUACCACAGUUUGGUCAGUGCUGUUUAUAUCAAUAUUUAAAAAAAAGUUUGAA